AAUUGAUAUUGAAUUGUAAUAAUACUUAGUUUACCUAAAAAUAAAUGUUGGUUGAAAGAUGACGAGCUAUAAAAUAUUCAAAAUGCGGAGGCGUAAAAAAAAUAAGAAGAUCCGCGUACGAUACAACGCAAAUAUCCACGCUAUGACCAUGAACCGAGGGUCUCGGGAAGAGUUGCUGGGCAGCUCUCAAGAAGCCCUGCGGAACAGCCAGCAUGAUCUGAGACACAUCAGUGAGCGACCUCUCACCAGGGAGGAGAAGACAUAUCUCCUCCAUGCUGACAGAGGAGACUAUGCCACUGUUAAAAGAUUGAUCGACCAGUAUUCAUCGAACCCUGACAUCCUCGACAUCAACUGCGUGGACCCUCUCAACCGGUCGGCGUUGAUUGCGGCCAUAGAAAAUGAGAACAUCGAACUUAUUAAACUCCUUCUUGGUGCUGGUAUUAAAGUCAAGGAUGCUCUGCUUCACGCCAUCAAGGAAGAGUAUGUGGAAGCCGUCGAGCUGCUGCUGCAGUGGGAGGAGCAGAACCAUGUGCCGGGAGAACCUUACAGCUGGGAGUCGGUAGACCCGUCAGCGGCCACGUUCACUCCAGACAUCACUCCUCUGAUCCUGGCGGCGCACAGGAACCACUACGAGAUCCUCAAGAUCCUCCUAGAUCGGGGAGCCACUCUGCCAAUCCCACACGACGUCAAAUGCGGCUGCGACGAGUGCGUGAAGUCUUCCAACGACGACUCUCUCCGUCACUCGCAGGCACGGAUCAACGCGUAUCGCGCUCUGACGGCACCCUCCCUCAUCGCCCUCUCGUCAGCUGAUCCUCUCCUCACCGCCUUCCAACUGUCCUGGGAACUAGGGCGCUUGAGUCGGAUGGAGACUGAAUUCAGAGUCGAAUAUAAGGCCCUACGACACCAAUGCCAGGAGUUUGCCACAGCGCUACUGGAUCACACGCGGACCUCCAAGGAGUUGGAGAUCAUGCUAAACUACAACCCCUGGGAGCUGGAUGUGUGGGAGCCGGGGGAACGGCAGACCCUGGGACGGCUGAAGCUGGCCAUCAAGUACAAGCAGAAAAUGUUCGUGGCACAUCCGAACGUACAACAACUUUUAGGAGCGAUCUGGUACGAAGGUUUACCCGGAUUCAAGAGGAAAAACAUCGUCGGUCAAUGUAUACAGGUAGCGAAGCUGGGCAUCAUGUUCCCAGUGUACUGCACCAUCUACAUGCUGGCCCCCAACUCGGAGUACGGUCGGUUCAUGAAGAAACCCUUCGUCAAGUUCAUCUGCCACAGCUCUUCAUACAUGCUCUUCCUUUCCCUCCUGUCCUUGGCGUCCCAACGAGCAGAGUUCCUCGUGCUGGAAUGGUCUGGAAUACGCUGGUUGCAAGAACUGGUUGAAUUCUGGAAGGAGCAUGAGAGAGGGGCCCUGCCCGGACUCAUAGAGUUCACCGUCAUUAUCUACAUAGCAAGUUUGAUCUGGGCAGAGAUCAGAUCUCUCUGGACGGGGGGCAUCAUGGAGUACAUCAGUGAUCUGUGGAACAUCGUGGACUUCAUCACCAACAUGUUUUACAUCGCCUGGAUCAGCUUACGAGUGUCAUCUUGGUAUAUUGUGCAGCGUGACUUCAAGAACGGCAUGGACCCCUGGUAUCCUCGCGAGCGUUGGGACUCCUACGACCCGAUGUUGCUCUCCGAAGGUGCCUUUGCUGCUGGCAUGAUCUUCUCGUUCCUCAAACUUGUCCACAUAUUCUCCAUCAACCCCUAUCUCGGGCCAUUGCAGGUGUCUCUGGGAAGAAUGAUCCUGGAUAUCAUCAAAUUCUUCUUCGUUUACAUGCUUGUGCUGUUUGCUUUUGGAUGCGGCUUGAAUCAGCUGAUGUGGUACUACGCUGAGCUGGAAAAGAACAAGUGCUAUCACCACCCCAACGGGAUGCCUGACUUCGACAACCAAGAACGAGCGUGCACUAUAUGGAGGAGAUACGCCAACUUAUUCGAAACAUCCCAGUCGUUAUUCUGGGCGUCCUUCGGGCUGGUAGACCUGACCACUUUCGAGCUCACCGGCAUCAAGAGCUUCACCCGCUUUUGGGCGCUGCUGACCUUCGGCUCGUACUCCGUCAUCAACAUCAUCGUGUUGUUGAACAUGCUCAUCGCCAUGAUGUCCAAUUCUUACCAGAUUAUUUCUGAACGAGCAGACAUGGAAUGGAAGUUCGCACGAAGCAACCUAUGGAUGUCGUACUUCGAAGAUGGAGACACUGUUCCCCCACCAUUCAACAUCAUUCCCACUCCCAAACAUGUGGUGGGAUGGAUCAAACACUGCUUCAGCAAAAGAGACCGUGGAUCUAUCAUUAACAAAUCCCGAGAGAAAGCUCGUCAAGACCACGAAGGUGUGAUGAGGGUUCUCGUCCGUCGUUACGUCACAGCUGAACAGCGAGCCCGUGACGAGGUGGGAGUGACAGAAGAUGACGUCAUGGAAAUAAGACAGGACAUAUCCACGCUACGAUACGAGCUGAUCGACAUCCUCCACAAUAACGGCAUGAAGACACCUAGGAUCAAUUUACAGGAUGCUACUGUCUCAGGGAAGAAAGGUAAGGUGAUGGAGAGACGCAUCCUGAAGGACUUCCAGAUAGGCAUCGUGGAAGGCAUCAUCAAAGACGUCAUCUCCAGAGAGAGCAAGCCAAAGGAUGUCUUCAGCCAGAUUGCUAAGGCUAUUGUUAGACGAGGAAGCACUGACAGCAAGAAACGUGACUGGAAUGCGAUGGUCCGCACCAACACAGUCCGUCGCGACCCCAUCGGUACCACGGAGGCCCAGCUGACCAAGCGAAGCAGACAGUCUUUGCGAGCACACAUUCUUGAGAACGUCCAGGCUCGUACUAUAGAUCCGCAGAAACUCCUCGAAUACAACCCGAAGCUGAGUGACGUGACUCCGACAACGCGCGUGGCCUACGCCAAAUUCAUGAGGAGCAAGAUCAAGUCAGACUUCAAGGCGCGGGAGUUAGCUCCGAGAGGAUCCGAGUCCGAGCUUGAAGAUGAGGUCUUCGAGACACCCACCAGACACGCCGCCAAGAGACGCAGUGCUCGAUCGUUCCGCAGUCGAACCCCAAUACCGGAAAACUCUGAUGACGAAGGGUUGAAGGAUAACGAAAUACGAGUGGAAGCCGAUAUCGAAGACAAAGGUUCAGAAGGAGGCUCCGAGCAGACGAGACCUCUACAAUCUUCAUCUCAAGAACCAUCAGAGCCUAGCACUCCAGCCUUUGACCCCAUCAGCGACAAACGUCUUCCACCACCACCGCAGUUCGAAACCAGAGAACAUAUUAUACAAAUUGAAGAGCCUGACUCUCCAUCCAUCACUUCUCCAUCAAAGACCCUCUACAUCACCCAAGAAGAGGAUGAAAAACAGCAAAAACCUAUCACUCCAACGCCGAGUCAACGGUCUUCUUCAGAACAAAUUUUGUCAGCUUCAGCUCUAGACAGCCAGUAUAAAGAAACGACAGCUUCUGCGUCUGACAGCAGAAAGCUGGUCACCCCUGAACCAAGUUCCUCUGAUGGUAAGACUAGAGAAGGUAAGAAAGACUCUAGAUCAAGUCUAGCUUCUCCGAGGUCCUCAAGAGUCAGUCCUACUCCCACCCCAUCACCAACUCCAUCAGCUGCUAAAACUGAUAAAGGAAAGUCAAAAGUGACGGGUAAAAUCGUCUCAGGGUGGUUGUAGUUUAGCUGUAAGAUAAAUCGACCAAAUAUUUGACGUAUUAGUGAGAUGACAAAUGCCUUAUUUAGGAGCAAUAAUUAGGUUUAAGUAGAUCGUCUGAUUAAGAAGAGUGUUUUAAAGAUUACCCAGAUUUUAUAUGCAUUAAUCACUUUCUCCAUAAAAAGUUUUUAAAACUCUAUGCCCCUAAUACAAAACAACAUAAGAUAUAUAAUAAUUCCAUUUGUUUGUUCUU